AUGACGUCAUAUCGUGAAAAUGGUGAAGGCGGGUUUGGUUUGAUGGUUUAUGGAGAACGACUAGAGGCCGCGCAUGCGCAGAAGCCCGCGGCAGGCAAGCUCCACAGUGCAGCAUUCCCAUCACGGAACGGGGUGAACGGGGAGAGACCGUCGCCUUUUACAUACAGCAUCUUCAUCAUCCAAAUCCGAACUAGUGCAGGGAAAAACACAGUCACACCUAGAAUUUCAUCAGUUAUUCAGUAUCCACCCAAAAUGUCCGUGGGCAGUGACUUUGGGAACCCUUUAAGAAAAUUCAAACUCGUUUUUCUGGGGGAGCAAAGUGUGGGAAAGACGUCUCUGAUCACACGGUUCAUGUAUGACAGCUUUGACAACACAUAUCAGGCUACAAUUGGAAUUGACUUCCUGUCAAAAACUAUGUACUUGGAAGACCGAACGGUGAGGCUGCAGCUAUGGGACACGGCAGGACAAGAGCGUUUUAGGAGCCUCAUUCCCAGCUAUAUACGAGACUCCACUGUGGCUGUGGUGGUCUAUGAUAUCACAAAUGUUAAUUCAUUCCAGCAGACAUCAAAAUGGAUUGAUGAUGUGCGAACAGAGAGAGGAAGUGAUGUCAUCAUUAUGCUUGUAGGCAAUAAAACAGAUCUGGCAGAUAAGAGGCAAAUCACAAUCGAGGAAGGUGAACAGAGGGCUAAGGAGCUGAGUGUCAUGUUUAUUGAGACCAGUGCCAAGACAGGUUAUAACGUCAAACAGCUGUUUCGACGUGUGGCUGCUGCACUCCCAGGAAUGGAAAGCAUGCAAGAGACAAGCAAAGAAGGAAUGAUUGACAUCAAGUUGGACAAACCGCAGGAGCCACCGACCACCGAGGGCGGCUGUUCUUGUUAAUACUGUACCCCAUAUUGGAGAACUUCAUGUACACCACGUGCUUGUUAUGUUGCUGCCUAU